UACUAAGAUGAAGUGGUGUGUUGUCAAAAUAAUUUAUGAACAGGUUAUGUCAAGUUUUGGUGUCGUAAACCGAAGUCACUGUUGCGGUUAGGGAAUUGUUAUUGAAGAAAAAUAUAUUAAUUCGCAAACUUCUAAAAUGGGUGAUUAUGAGCGUGAACAAGAACGGCUGAUGGCCCUUAUGGAAUUAAUUGUUGAGGAUAUUGUUGAAGAGCAGUACGAUGACGAGGAAGAAGUUAUGGAAGAUCGUUUGGAAGAAGAGAAGAAUAACAGCGACACAGAACAAGAGCUAGAGAGUGGAGAAGAGGAAGAAGAACAGCCUCCUCAAAAAAGGAAGAUGGUCCAAGAACCAACGCUUACUAGUAAAGAUAAAGUUACUAAAUGGAACAAGCACAUGCCGAACCAAAAUGUGAAAACUCCCUCUAAGAAUAUAAUAAGAAUGAAACUCCCGUGUGUGAGGGGCCCUCUGAAACAAAUAACAGAUCAAUUAGAUAUUUGGAGAAAUGUUUUUGACAAUGAUAUGAUAAACGUUAUAGUUACUGAUACCAAUUCUUAUUUAGAGAGCGUAUCACAUAAAUAUAACCGAGCAACAUAUACAAGACCUACCACCAGAUAAGAGAUAGAGGCACUUUUAGAACUGCUCUUAUUCAGUGGAGUGAAGAAGAAUAAUAAUUUGAACACAGAAGACUUAUUCAAAACUGAUGGUACCUCUGUUGAAAUAUAUCGAUUGACUAUGUCCAACGAUUUCGUAUUCUUUUGCGCUAUAUCAGAUUUGAUGAUUUAGAAACAAGGGCAGAGAGACAAGCUCUUGACAAAUUAGCCCCAAUAAGGAGUUUCAUCAACAAAUUUAUUGAUAACUGUAAACGAAAUUAUAAUCUGUCACAAGAAGUUACAAUUGAUGAAAAACUUGAGGCUUUUCGUGGACGCUGUUCUUUUCGGCAGUACAUGCCAAAUAAACCCAAUAAAUAUGGGAUUAAAAUUUUUGCACUUUGCGAUUCAAAAACAUUUUAUACCUCUAAUUUAGAAGUAUAUGUUGGUACUCAACCAGAUGGUCCAUUUGCUCAAAAUACAUCGACACUUUCUUUAGUCGAUAGGUUGUGUGAACCAAUUCACGGGUCUGGUCGGAAUAUUACAACCGAUAAUUGGUUCACAAGUAUUCCUCUAGCUGAAAAACUUAUACAACGGAACCUAACAACAAUUGGAACUAUACGAAAAAACAAAAAGGAGAUACCGCCUGAAUUUGUUCAAGGAAAAAAUCGUCCAAUUGGUUCCAGUAUGUUCGGUUUUAGAAAAGAUUGUACUCUCGUUUCCUAUGUACCAAAAAAGAAGAAAAAUGUUCUUUUGAUCUCCACUUGCCACAGUGACGAUAAAAUCGAUGGGAAUAGUUCAAAACCAGAUAUAAUUAUUGACUAUAAUCGUACUAAAGGGGGAGUUGACGUAGUGGACAAAUUAUGUGCAUCUUAUAACACUGCAAGAGCUACUCGAAGAUGGCAAAUGGUAAUUUUUUACAGUUUGCUAAAUUUAUCUGGAAUCAAUUCGCAAGUUAUCUUUUGUGCAAAUAAACCCCAGAGCAGAGUAGUUAGACGCCAAUUUCUCGAAAAUCUUGCGUUGUGUCUGAUUGAACCACAUUUGAAAAUCCGUGCAAUGUCUCAAAAUUUACCAAGACCUCUUAGAGUUCGAAUAUGUCACAUUUGUAAAUUGGAAGUAGCAGAGGCAAAUCGCAACACGGAAAAUAUUUUCGGAAGAUGUUUUAACUGUAGUUCAAAGAAGAACAGAAGGACCAAAUACCGCUGUCAAGACUGCAAUAAAUUUCUAUGUUUGGAACACGUGACUAUCUUCUGUAUGGAAUGUUCCAGUCAAGAAGAAGCCAAAGACUGAGUUCAACCUUCGAAUGGGGGCAUCGCAAUUAUAAUACGUAGGCUUUAGAAUGUUCCUUUUUGUUAUUUAUAAUUAUUCACUCUUUCAGGUUUUUUUCAUACUUACUUGAAGAAAAAGUCAAUAAACGUUUAACUUCAUUAAAAUCCUAUAGUUUAUACAAUUUAUGACGUUAUAUAGACGAUGAAACUCGAUCGGUGUGGUAGACCGAAGUCACCACUCGUGGCCUACGGCAACUGUUGAACCACUGAAAGGUUAAGUUGCUCCAAGAACCAGGACAUCAUCAAGUGUUCUCUUCAAGAAGAAAUUACUACAAGAAGAAAAUGGUAGCAUUCAAACUUCUCACUUUUGUUGCGCUGGUAUAUACCGCAAAUGGUAAGGCUAACUUUCCAAUUGAGUAUUUGUAAAUAUCAAUUCGUAAUUAAUGAAGUCACCAAUAUCAUUUUUCAUACAUACUCUUCAAAUGCGGCCUAGCUUACAAGUUUGUACUGCACUGAAAAAUUAAUUGUUAUGAAUUGUUAUGACAUUUCAAUUCUAAAAAAAUAUAAUUGAUACCGUACUUUACAUAAUUUAAAAAAAUGCUCCCUUCUGGUUGUCAGUUAAACAUAAAGUUUUUUAUAAUUGUUAAUCAACGACGAUUAUAAUUUGAGUUUUUUUAAUAUGGCUCGAGUGGCAUAGCUACAUUUUGUACAAAUGAAAGCAAUAUGUACAUGUUGCUUUCGUAUCGAGAGGGAUUUCGAAGUUAUCAAAGUUAUCAAAAAAAUAUUCGCAGAUAGAAAAUAUUUUGUGGAGCUUGCAGUAGCUUUACAACUACCGUAAAUAAAAAUUUUAACUACUUUUUUGAGUAGAGCCAUGAAGAUAAUUAGUCUAA